CUAAAAUUCCUGUCCCUAGUGAUAAGAAGAGAUCCUUUAUGGAGUCCAGCAUUGCUUUUAUUAAAAUUGAACCAGAACAAGAAGAAAAAAUAAAUUUGACCCUCGAAAGGAAAAUGUUUAUAAGUAAUGAUACUUUCGCAAUAGUAAAAGAAGAACACAAUAUCAAGACCAGUACAGAAUAUUGUGGAGACGGAUGCGAUGCCAAAGAAAUGCAGCGACAACAAGAUUAUUCGUCAAAUGUUAAAUCUUCGACUGUAAAUUUGAAAUGUAAAGUUUGUGAUUACACGGCAGGUAACGAACACCACUUCAAAAGACACCUUUUGACACACGAAACUGCUAAAGACUUAAAAUGUGCCAAGUGUGAUUAUGCCACAAACUUUAAAAGCUAUUUAACAACACACUUUCGAACGCACAACGAAUCUAAAGAGUUUAAAUGUGAGAUUUGUGAUUACGCAACAAAGCGCAAAGAGAAUUUGAAACAGCACAUCUUAAUACACAACGACACGAAAGAUAGCAAAUGUGACAUUUGCGAUUAUGCUACGUAUCGUAAAUAUGAUUUGAAACGACAUCUCUUAAGACAUAAUGCGUCUAAGGUUUUUAAAUGUCAUAUUUGUGAUCACACCACCAACCGCAAAGACAAUUUGAAAGCACAUCUCGUAACUCACACCGCUUCCCAUCUUUUUAAAUGCGCAAAUUGCAAUUAUGCGACAAAUGUUAAGAAUGAUUUGAAGAAACACGUCUUAAGGCACAGAACCUUUAAAGAAUUGAAAUGUGACAUUUGCGAUUACGCAACAAACUACAGAAGCUCUCUAAGAUCGCAUCUUCUAAAACACAACGGGUCCAAGUGUUUUAAAUGUGACAUUUGUGAUUAUGCAGCAAAGCGGAAAAGCUGUUUAAGAUCACAUUUUCUAAAACACAACGAAUAUAAAUGUUUUAAAUGUGACAUUUGUGAUUAUGCGACAAACUAUAAAAGCUCUUUAACGUCACAUCUUCUAACGCACAAUUAAUCUACAGGGUUUUAAUUGUGACAUUUGUAAUAGUGCCAUGAGUAGUAAAUGUAAUGCAUGUAACAUCUACAUCAUGGUACAUUUGGUGUAUGUAACGCACAUGGUAUGUUCGUAAUUUAUACCUACAUUUUACUACGUCGGCUCUAUGAUGUAUGUACCUUCCUUACGUCCAAAGUAUGUUAAUUUAACAGUAUAUAACAAUUUACUCGUACGUGGGACUGUAUUUAACUGUUUUUGUCACUAUGAAGAGUGGGGGCACAUACAGUGUGUAUAUCUGUGGUGUAGGUACUGAAAAGUGAUAAAUAUUUUACUGUGUGUAAUGUAAUAAAAUAGUGCUAUUAAUUUAGUUUUAUUUAAGGUGCUUCUGUGGCAGUUUAUACUAUUCUGUACUGUA